AUGGACUAAAAACUGUUGCUCACUUUUGCCACAUUCACUAUCAGCAUCUCUUUGGCCGCAGAAGAUUGGCUAUCACCUCAACUGAAGACGUUUUCAUCUUCUCAACAGGAAUGUUCCGUCUAUCUUCUACUACCCAACGAAACAGCGCAGCAGUGUGUGAGCAACGGAUACCCCGACGAAUUGCCCUGCCGCAAACUGAUCAACUGUAUUCUUGUGCAAUUCCAUGCCUUCGACGAGCUCAUCGGCAUCAAAGACCAUGUCAUCACAAACUUCUUCGAUCCAUCGGGAGCACCCAGUGACUAUGUUAGUCGAACCCAGGAAUGUCUGCGUUCCACCGUGCCAAAUCACUGCCAAGGACAACCAUUCGAACGUGCAUAUCGUUCGUUCCAGUGCUACUAUCAAAACUACGGAAGUCUACUGACCGAUACCGUUAGAUUCAUUCCGUACGAACAGGUUGAUCGGAUCCAACAUCUCAAGGAAGCAUUCUCCAUUGUUAGCACGUCUUGCAUCGCCCUAAAAGAAUUAAGUGAGGGACGUGGAUACAUCGUCGAAAACAUAUCGGAUCCUAUGUACACGUUAGCCGUUAGAACCGGAUUUUACAAUCCUGAAGAUGGUUUAAACAUCGAUCGCCUGUACACGCAAUUCAGCAAGCCGUCUCCUACAUCAGAAACAACUCGUCAAUGCUUGGAGCGUGUUUCACAGCAACACGUAACGGAGCCAUUUAGACUCACCCAGUUAGUCCUGCAAUGCAUUGAAGAAGAUAUUAAGGAACAAGAGCUGUUCAUGGAGACAGCCAAGCAAGUGCUGGCGGCCACCAAUUCAUACUGCAAUAUGUGUGAGCUGUUGCCAUUGUCUACAACAGAGAUGCCGACUACUACCUCAUCUGAAACCACCGGUACGUCUACUGAAACGCUGACUACAACGAGCAAAUAUCCAUAUCCAUCGCUUUGAGAGAACGUUUUCAAUGAUUAAAAAAUAAAUAAAGAAUUGCGAAUAACAAUGAAACAAUAUGAUCGAUUUAUAAUAACUAAAAGAAACUUUUAGGACGAAACUUUCUCCCAACUUUGCUACCCUAGAACAGUCCAGUGAAGUGUUAAUUCAUACUGAGGGUUGUCAUUCACAGUACGCCUAAGAGGAUCAACCACAUCAAUACCAACUCUAAAUGAUUUUCCUAAAAGUUACACGAAAAAUGAAAUUAUCCAUGAAAAAAAUAUAUACAAUAACAAUAAUCCUAAAAUCUCAAUAUUUUUUCGUAUUACAAAAUUGGCAAAGGGGGUAUUUUUGGCCUUGGCAGUCUUUUAACGGCAGCAAAAACGGCUAUUGCAUAGUAACCGGACGGUUUCGGUUAUGUAUUUAACCUUUCUCAAGGAUUAUAUGCUCGUUUUCUUGUUGGAUUUUGAUUUUGGUUGUUCUAUGUACGGAGUCAUGGAGUGAUGGCGUCCGCUAUGGUGCGCUUGUACCGAUUUGUUCGAACCUCGCUGUACUUUCAGUGAAGCUUUUUUGUCGGAUUCGCAGCUUUUCAAAAUUGAUCGCCUACGAUUUUCUCGAUAUUUUUAUCGCCUACGCUUUGGUCACUAUUUGCUUCAACCGGACUCAUGAGACAAACUACAGACGUAACGAAACAUCAGAUUAAAAAAUUGGUAUGCCAAAUAAGCUUCCAGGGAAAAUAUAAGAGUUAAGAAAUGUUCAAAGAUAAAAAUUAGAAAAAUAAAAAAACCGAAAUCAGAAUCAUCUUCCAAAACACGUUUAAAACGAUUUUAGAUAACGAUAAUUGAUAUUUAGAUCAAAACCAAAAAUUUGGGUAUAAGAGGGUUAAGAAGUUUCCCCUGGAUUCCUUCUGAAACUUCCCGUGGAAAUACUUAAGUUCUUCUAGAAUGUACUUUUGAAAAUCCUUUGGAAGUUCCUCCAGAGAUUCAGAAGUUUUAUACCUCUUUAUUCUUGAGAUGUUCCACGCUAGGUGGAUUCAUCUCCGUAUUCAGAAAUAUUUUCAAAAAUUGUUUCAGAAAUUCUUCUAUCCAGCGAUUUUUAUCUGGAAAUAUUCCUGUGUUUCCCUCACGAAUUCCUACAGAAAUUUUACUUAAGAGAUUCAUCCAGAAAAUUUAGCAAGAACUUCUCCAUUUCACCGUUAUGAAUUAUUUUAGAGAUUCAUGUAGAGAUUAUUUUAAGAGUUUCAGUGGAAUUCUUCCGUAAAUUUUCCCAGAAAUUCCUCUAGCAUUUCUCCAAGGAUACCCUAGAAGUUUCCCCUGGUAUUCCUUCAGGAACUUCUUCAGAAAUUUCCCCUGAGAUUUCUUCAGAAAUUUUCCUGGGAUUCCUUAAAAAUACUCUCAGGGAUAUUAAUAGGCAUAAAACUUAACAUUUCUUCAAAAUUUGCUUCAGGGAUUCUUUUAGUAAUUCAUCAGUGAAUUCCAUCAGAAAUUUCUUCAGAAAUAUCUCCAGAAAUAUCUCCAGAAGCUCUUUUAGUAUAUUAAGGAUUUCUUUAUUAAUUUCAGCAUGGGAUUUCUUCGAAGGUUCUUCCAGAGAUCCUGCAGAAAAUCCUCCAGAGAUUUCUUCAACUGCUCCUGCGAUUCUGUCAGAUAUAUGUCCUUAGAUUCCUUCAGAAUUUUUCCAGCAGUUCUUACAGAAAUUUCGAAGAAAAAUACUGCAGAAUUUUUAAGAAUUUCUAUAGGAAUCCCUUGGAGAUUUUCUGAUGGAAUUCCUGAAAGAACUCCUGAGGGUACCCAGGGGGAUUCCAAGAAGACAAAUUUCUGGACUAAAAUUUUUGCUGCAAUUUUGAAGAAAUCUUUGGAGGAUUACCAACAAUACCUCUGAAGGAAUUCUUAAAAAGAAUUAGAGGAAACUUCUAGAAGAAUUCUGGAAAUAAUUCCAAGUAAGGUUCAUAGAAGAAUUUCUCAGGAUUUUUUUGGAGAAAUUACUUAAGGAAUUUUUGGAGUAGUUUUCUUGGAAUUCCUUGAUGAAAUGGGCACUCUAGAAAAGUUAGGAAGUACCAGUACAGAAAGCGCUGAUUUUUUUAUAAAUCAGUUUUGAUUUUACCAUGGCAGCGCUAUCUAUUAAACGUGCAUCCGAAAUUUAGUACUAUUUUGUUGAAAAACGAUCAAAAAUACCUAGCUAAGAAAAUUUUCAUCAUUUAUAAAAUUUGCAGAUUUAUUAAGUCAUUUCAUAGAAAGUCGAUAUAGUGAAUUUCGAAAUACCGUGAUACCUGGUGGGUUUGUGGUUAAUGAAAAAAUAAUUAGAAACGUUAUUUUGUUUCGUCAUUAGGGUGACCAAUUUUAAGAUAUUUGGGCAAGUAUAGAAAUUUUGACGUAACAUAUAAAAAAUCGCAGAAGGAUGUUUUUUUAGUUUUUGAGAUAUUAUUUCUUGAAAUAUAAAGCCAUGGUAACGAUACGGCAGUGUAAAAAGAUUAAACAGCAUUUUAAUAUUGUUUCAUUGGUGAAUUGAAUUCAAUAAAACAAUUGUUCGUAUAUGCCCUGCACAUCACGAAAAGGGAAAUUAUGCGCCACCUGUCUGUCAGCCGUUUAAGUAGAUUGGACGUUACUUCCACAGAGAACAGACGUCUUUCUUCGCUUUCUGCCUUGUGUAAAACUUUGUAAUGGUCAUAUCAGAGUAUGUGGUUAUGCUCCCGUUGCGCGGCGCUAGCGUCCCAUCACUUACAUUGUUGUGUUGUCAUAUUUGUUUCCAGUGCUCGCCGUUUUUGGCCGUUUGGCGAUCGUGUCGCUUUGUGGGCUAGUGUAUUUUAACGAUGAACACUGCCAUCGUGGGGUCAAAUCGACUUUAGAUGUGGGGCAGUCUCCGUUGGUGGUGUUGAGGUACACUUAAAUCCUUUACACACGAUUUCGACAUAUUUUUGUUCGAGCUUAAACGUCUGUUCUCUGUGUUACUUCUAUCCGUUACUCUCGUUCGUGGAGAACGAUAAAAGCUCAAAGGCCAACGAAAAGGUUAUCAUGGCGUACCGCCGCCUUCCGGGGCACCAUGAUAUAAAAGGAGAACAAGUAACGAGCAUCGCUCUCUUUUCUGCACCGAAGCACCAUCUUGGCGCCAUUACCCGAAGUGGAUUUCUGCGCCAACCUACCAUCUGAAGUUUAGUGAAACAUCUUUAAAUAUGUAAUUUUAAUGUAACAAUAUAAUCUUGUGAAUUAAGUUAAGUGUCGAUUUUAAGUAAAAGAGUUAAGAAGAAAUAAACUAGUGGGUUUUCUGACUGUGUUAGUGAAAGUAUUGGACUUUCUGAAGAUUCAUUUGAAGUUCUAUCUAUAUGAUCUGGGAAGAUCCAUCGGCCUACAUUUUGACCGUUACUGCUCGCUGUGCUCUCGACAAUAUAAAAUUGUAAGAAAUUAUUUAAUUAUCAUAUUUAUCUUUUAAGGUGUGCAAUAAUUGGCGAUUUACCCUAAAUAUUGAAAAUAGAAAAAAAUACUAAUGAUGGCUUGCUGGUAUAUAAGACAAAAAAAAAACAAAAAAGUAUCUGUUGCUCUUGAUAUUUCUUUGGAAAUUCCUCAAUUGAUUUCUUGUGGAAUUCUGCCGGAGAUUCUUUCAGAAAUUCCUUCGCCGAUUAUUUUAAAAAAUCUCCCAAGGAUACAUUUGGUUAUUUUCUUCAGAGAUUGUUCCUGUAACUGCUCCAGGUUUCUUUAAAGGAAUAUUGUGCGUUUUAUUCUCCAGAAAAUCGUCUAGAAAAUUCUCAAGUGAUUUCUUUAAAAAUGUUCAAUUGCGAGGCUUUCUGGAAUGUUUCCAAAUUUUACUUCAGAAAUAAGUCCAAAUCUUCCUCCUUUCUCCAGGAAUUUCUCUAGAGGGUUCUUUUUUGCGUAAUUCUGAAGUGACUCUUCAAGGAAAUCUACCAAGGAUUGCUUCAAAAAUUCCUCGGGAGUUUGCUUCAGAAAUUCCGAUGAAGAUACAAAAAAAUCUAAAACUUUUCAUUGUCCAUUGCUAAAAUUUCAAAAGUGUGUUCAAAACUACAGUGGCGCUUACGUCAACUAUGCCAAUAUGGGCAGUGCUAUGCUGAUAAUAUAAAACGCCAUCAAGUAUUUUUUAAAGCUAUAUACAAAUAAUCCCUUAAAAAUAUCCUCAUAAAUUGAGGUUGCAUUUAAAGCUCUCCGAAACGCCCAAAGAACUUGGUUUAAAAAUAGAUUAUGUGUACCAUUCGUUGACCUUAUAUGCAAGCUGCCUAGACAAUUUUGACCAUUACUCGUGAAUUAAUAGCCCUACAAAUGAUAUGUUGACCCUAUCACGCACUCUAGGCAAUGCAUGUUUCACCAAUUGGAUGAAAACUAACAUAAAUAUUCAACUUACUAGAUUACGUUGAAAAGAUUCAAUGCGAUGGUAUGCAACGUUGGUCUACGGUACAAAAAUUGGCCUAUUAGUGGAUACAACGUUAAUCUAUUGCUUUCCAUGCGCCAGAACCACUUAUUCUCUCAUUUUUUUCCAAUAUUUCUGCUGAAGUAUUAUCACUGUUUGUUCAACAAUCUAACUUUCAAAUUACAUUUUCGAAGUCAAAUUUUGACAAAACCAUUAAUAAAUCACCUAAACUAAAGUUCAUUCUAAAUUAAGUAACGAAAACAUCGCAAUCAAAUUAUUGUGUUAUAUUUUCACAGUCAUCACAUACAAAAUCUUUCUUCCUGUUCGUUCCUUCUGGUUCAUACGCAAACAAUGUCGUUCCAAUGUCACUUUAUCGAUGUUGUUGACAUCACAUUACUAAUGAGCCAAGAUUUGGGUAAGGAAGUGGAACCAUCUCGGCAGGGGUCCUAUAUUGGGCACUUUUCUGCUAUAACUCAGCCAAUUUUGAAUCAAUUGACACAAUUUUUGGAACGCAAUGGAAUACGUAUAAUAUAUAGUACAAAAUUUCAAGCCAAUUGGUUUGGAAUUGACUGAGUAAUAGCGAAGAGUGCCCAAAAUACCGGCCGCUGCCCAAGUAGUUCGCUACCUUAAUUUGCUACAUUUAAUUUGCAAAAUAGUUAUUAUUCGUUGAUAACAAAUAUACAAGUUCAAAAUAGCGUCUUUGAACUUCGCAUCAAAAGAUCAGUUAUCGAUAAGUCAAUUCAAUAUAUCCCAGAACCAUGCCAUUGAUGAUCAUAUGUCUAGACUACCCACUAAGCCAGAAGAAUCAUGGCGUCUACAGAAGCUAAACAAAGUGACAUUUUCAUUUUAUUUUAAUGCUCUAAAGUGCUAAAAUUGAAACGAAAUAUUACAGUUGUUUGAUACAUAGCUUUUCCAAUCUCCAGUUACGAGUGUUUGUUUGAGUUUUUGGUUUACAUUAAGAUGGGUCGAACGAGGGGACUAUGCCAACGAAGCAUCCCAAUGCCCUACGUCUGAAUAUUCUUACAUUCAUUUGUUCUGACCUUAAAGAAAUCUUGAAAUACGAACCUUGAAAUCUACAUGUAUAAGUUGCAGGGAAAAAUAUCAGCAAAAUGAUUCGAAAAUAGGUGUUUGAAAGGCGGAAGAAGUUUGAUUCAUUCGAUGGAGGCAGAAACUCACGAGGCUAGUAAAGCAUUACAAAACAAAUUUUGAAUUCUGUGGACGUUCUGGAUCAUCCAAAUAUUUCCUAAAGUAUUGGUCUUCAGAAUUACAGGCGUAACCAAAAAUCGUUUGGAGUUCGACAGACAUUGUAGCUUUUAAUAGAAGAAUUGAAGAGACUACAGUCUAUGAGAUUUUUAGAAACUACUGUUUACUCAGAAGCGAGUGAAGUGUAUAAGAAGAAGUGUGCUAAGAAUAUUUUCAACGAAUUUCAGUUCAAUGUGGGGCAGAAAUAUUAUUAAAUUGUUCCAUAACAUCCGAUGUCAUGGCGCCGUUGACUCGUAGAGGGUGGCUCAUUUUGCAUAAAGAUGUUUUGCAUAAAUACAUUUCGCAGAAAGACAAAACCCCUGAUUCUUGUAUAACUGUAGAUAAUCUUGAACUACGUGGCUUUAUAUCCAAAAAAAAUAUCAUG